UAUUUUUUAUUUUUUAUUUUUUAUUUUUCAAUUUUUACUUUUUUCAUUACACACAUUUCUCUCUUCCCUUCUCUCUCUAUCCUAUGUAGUUGUGUGUUGUUUCUGUUAGUAGGAUUCCCACCAAAUUUUCCCAAACACAAGCAGAGAAAUUUAUAGCUAGAACCAUAUCGCCGGAAAUGCUCCUCUUUCCGGCGUCGUUUCCACUUCAUUUGCACGCUCUCUGAGGCUGCGUAAUACCUAGAAUCCAAUCCACAAGCAGUUAUCCCUAGAAAUGCAAUAAGAGAGGAACGAAAAACGAGAGAGAUAGAGGAGAGAGAGUUUAUGAGAGAAAAAUGCCGGAACCAGUUCUGCUUGUGGAGCCUAACGAUGUCGUUUCAAGCACUAAGAAGAAGAAAUCCGACGAAGAUAAGGGUACGGUGACGGAAAAAUUACUGGUGCCCGCACCACCACCUAUAGUUAACCGUAGUCGAUCUCAGGCGGCCACUCGCCGUGUAACUCCGACCACUAUCACUUUACCUGACACCACCAUAGCCGCCGGGACGGCAGACUCAGUGGUCGAGAAGCCGCUCCCAAACGGCGAUCUCUACAUUGGAAGCUUGUGCGGGAACGUCCCGCACGGAUCGGGAAAGUAUUUGUGGACGGACGGGUGCAUGUACGAGGGCGACUGGCGGAGAGGGAAGGCCUCGGGGAAAGGGAAGUUCUCUUGGCCGUCCGGUGCCACAUACGAGGGAGAGUUUAAGUCGGCAAAAAUGGAGGGGUUUGGGACCUUCAUCGGAUCUGAUGGCGACACCUACCGUGGAACCUGGAGUUCGGAUCGCAAGCACGGGUAUGGACAGAAGCGCUACGCCAACGGAGAAUUCUACGAAGGAACCUGGAAAAGAAAUCUUCAAGACGGGCGGGGCCGGUACGUGUGGAAGAAUGGGAACGAGUAUGUCGGCGAAUGGAAGAACGGCGUAAUUGCUGGUCGCGGAGUCUUGAUUUGGUCGAAUGGAAAUCGUUAUGAUGGGCAGUGGGAGAACGGAGUUCCUAAGGGAGAUGGAGUCUUCACUUGGCCCGAUGGCAGCUGCUACCUUGGGACCUGGAACAAGGACGUCAAGGUGCAGCAACUGACCGGGACAUUCUAUCCAGGGAACGGGAAGGAUCAUUCGUUGAAAGAGUACGAGAACAGUAUGGUGAGUAAUUUGAUGGUGGCCACAAGGAAGAGGUCGUCGGUGGAUGGUGUAAGGGGUAGCCUGACGGAGAGGAAUUUUCCGAGGAUAUGCAUUUGGGAGUCCGAUGGGGAAGCUGGGGACAUUACCUGUGAUAUUAUUGACAAUGUUGAGGCUUCGAUGAUUUACAGGGAGGGUUUGGGCCUCGGUCGCGAUGAAAUUAAGCAGUUCAAGAGGAAUCCAUGUUGCUUUAGUGGCGAGGUGAAGAAGCCUGGACAGACGAUAUCGAAGGGGCACAAGAAUUACGAAUUGAUGCUUAAUUUACAACUGGGUAUCAGGUAUUCGGUCGGGAAACAUGCUUCCAUAAUACGGGAACUGAAGCCCAGUGAUUUUGAUCCGAAGGAGAAGUUCUGGACGAGGUUCCCACCGGGAGGGUCGAAGAUAACUCCGCCGCAUCAAUCAGGGGAUUUUCGGUGGAAGGAUUAUUGUCCUGUAGUCUUUAGGCGAUUGAGGGAGCUUUUCCAGGUGGAUCCUGCUGAUUACAUGCUGGCCAUAUGUGGAAAUGAUGCCCUUAGGGAACUUUCUUCUCCAGGGAAGAGUGGAAGCUUCUUUUACCUAACUCAGGAUGAUAGAUUCAUGAUAAAAACAGUGAGGAAAUCAGAAAUCAAGGUGCUCAUAAGGAUGCUUCCUAGCUACUACGACCAUGUUUGUCGGUACGAGAACUCCCUCGUGACAAAGUUUUAUGGUGUACAUUGUGUUAAACCUAUUGGUGGCCAGAAGACACGAUUUAUAGUGAUGGGUAAUUUGUUCUGCUCCGAGUACCUAAUACAUAGGAGAUUUGACCUGAAAGGAUCCUCUCAUGGCCGCACAACUGAUAAGCCUGAGGGUGAGAUUGAUGAAACAACAACACUAAAAGACUUGGACCUCAAUUUUGUUUUUCGCCUGCAGCUGAACUGGUUCCAGGAUCUUAUGAAGCAAAUUGAACGGGACUGUGAGUUUUUGGAAGCUGAGAAAAUAAUGGAUUACAGUCUUCUAGUUGGUCUUCAUUUUCGCGACGACAACAAGUAUGACAAGAUAGGCUUGUCGCCUUUUCUUUUGCGUACCGGGAAGAAAGAUUCUUUUCAAAAUAUGAAGUUCAUGCGUGGCCACCGCUUCCUUGAAGCAGAACUGCAAGACAUGGACCGAGUUUUAUCUGGGCGGAAGCCUUUGAUCAGGUUAGGAGCAAACAUGCCAGCAAGAGCAGAGCGGAUGGCUCGGAGAAGUGACUUUGAUCAGUACACCCCUGGUGGAUUUAGUGAUUUGACCCCUUCACGCAGUGGUGAGAUCUGUGAAGUAGUCCUUUAUUUUGGGAUUAUCGACAUCUUACAAGACUAUGAUAUUAGCAAAAAGCUGGAGCAUGCCUACAAAUCCUUGCAAGCAGACCCUGCUUCAAUCUCGGCAGUGGAUCCCAAACUCUAUUCUAAGAGGUUCCGUGACUUCAUCGGGAGAAUCUUUAUAGAAGACAGGUAGCAAUGGGAGAAUUGAAGACAAGCACAUCGUUUUUUCUCGAAGGAAAUUCGACGAAACCUCAGCUGCACCCUUCUAGUGCCAGGGCUUGCAGCUUCGCAGAGCAUGAAUAGUGGAUGGAGCAAAUGAUUUGUGGGUUAAUGAAAUCUAGCAAGCCACUGCAAUGUGGCAGGAGUUUUCGGCUAUUUUUUGGGGUGUUACUGGCUGAAUUUUGUGGAACAGCCAUGGUGUUGAAGGGGGGGCAGAUUAUUCAUUAUUGUACAUGGGAAAGCGAGGAAGCAUCUGGGGAUCACACUAUCCUGAUUUGUUUUUUGGAAUUUUUGUUGUUCACUGGGUUAUGUGAAUUGUGAACAUUUGAAAGAUAGGUAUAUAGGGAACUGGGAAAACGUUUUUCCCUCUGAAGAUUCAGAGUGCUGGGUGGGGUGACUGUGGAAUAAGAAAGUGUACAGCGUAUAGAAGAAAAGUUGGAGAUAGUUUUAUGGAGAGUUUCUUGAAUAUUUUUUUGGGGGGAUAUUUUAUUAAAAGAAAAUGUUUGAAUCACAUCCUUCUCUCUCUCUCUCUCUCAAAGAGGACCCAUGGGAUCUCUCUUUUUGCAUUCUCUCUGUUAUAUAUAAAUGUCUGUUGUAUAGAAAUGGGUCCUUUGAUUUGCUUUUA